AUGGCCACUUUCAGUCCAAUCCCGGCCUACGUCUUAGGCACACUGACACUCGCCCUGGGCUGCAAUGCUCUGGCUCGUCCAGGCCCAGAGUAUCCGCGUUUCGGCUUACCCUUCGAGUUCGCCGCUUCUUCCGCUUCCACUCAUGGCAACAACAAAUGCACUCCGCCCGGUGCGGUUUCUCCCCUCAUGUACAUCAAGGGCAUCCGCGAGACGAGCUACGGUCUGACCUUGCUUGCCCUGCAGUACUACGGUCAGGAAACUGCCGUCACCAUCUUCGCCGUCGUCUGUGCACUCGUCGGACUUGCGGAUGGUUUCGUUGUCUGGGCAAACGGGGGGUAA